AUGAAUAAAAAACGGCAUAAGGCUUCUCACAGUCCAGGCUGGGACCCUAAGACUCGCUGGCCAUUUAGUGAAUGUAAGACUAUAACGGACGGUCCUAUAAGAGCAACGCGGGAAGAUUUCCUUUAUCAGUCGGCAACGGGCAGGGUAAGAGGAGGGACGUGCGCUACAUCUUCAGGCCCCUUGAACACCCACCCAAUGGACUACGAUGAAAGAGUGAAAUCCUGCCACGCGCUCGUCACGGAGAAGGCGGUGCAGGAGGCGCUGAAGGCAGACAAGGGCGUCGAGGCUCAACUCACGUCCUGGAGGAUCGAGGACUUCACCAAAUUCGGCGACAACUAUGCCUCGAUCGUCACCAGCGUCGUCGUUGGCUUCGUUCUGGGCGGCGUAGAUGACCUGACCUCCUACGUCGUGAAGGUCAACCCCUGCCAUGGCUACCAGAACAUAGGUGCGGCAACGAACAUCGGCUUUGUGAAGGAAGCCGAGUUCUACGGCAAGCUCCUUCCUCGGCUCAAUGCGGCGAUGGAGGAGGCAAGUCUCAAGACCUUGCGCUUUCCCAAGUAUUAUUACAGCUGCCUUGAAGUGGGCAAAGAGCUCCUCUUUCUGGAAGAUUUGCGACGGCGAAGCUUCAAGAUGUACGACCGUCGGAAGGGCCUGGACGUCGCGCACGCAAGCCUCGUGCUGGAGGAACUGGCCAGGCUCCAUGCUGCUUCCCUGCUGCUGCAGAACAAGGACCCAGAGUAUUUCCAAGACACCCUUCUGAACAGGGACUGGGCUAAUGCGUUUGAUGGUGCCAUGGACGUGGUCGCGAUGUUCGGAGGGCAUUUCGACAACACGGCGGCCAUGCUGGAAAAAAUUGGCGGGUAUGAAACAUGCGUCCAGUGGAUUCAAAGUACCAAGCCAAACAUACGAGAAAUCUUCACUGAACAGCUGGAACCAAGCAAGCAUCACGUCGUGUGCCAUGGGGACGCCUGGAACAACAACUGUCUUUUCAGAUACAACGAAGGUGUCCCCGAGGAAGUGAUGUUGGUCGAUCUCCAGCUAAACCACAGAGUUUCCUUUGGCAACGACCUCAACUACUUCCUUUACACCAGCCUCACGGGCGACGUCAGGAAGCCCAACCUGGACGCCCUCCUGGAGACGUACCGAGGCCACUUCAACGCCGUGAUGGAGGCCGGAGGAGCAAGGGGCGAGGGGCAUCUCAGCGAGGCCGAAGUCCUGCAGGAAUUCCGGAGCAAGAAUAUCAUCGGUGCAAUUUUCGGAAUGAUGGCUCUCAACUUCGUACUCAUGGAUCCCCUGUCUUUGAAGAAGUACGCAGAACGUGACGAGGCAAAACAAGAUGAAGGUGAAAAGGACCUGAACAAAGAUUUGGAAAGCAUGAAGAGAUAUUUUAUGGCCAUGAUUGACACCAAUCCGCUCAUACGACCACGACUGCUCGCUAUGUUCGACGAGUUCAAAGAGAGUGGACUCAUCCCCACGUGAAGGCGUUUGCACUGCGCGAAGACCUGGCCUUCGACCAGUCUCUUCUGGCAGUAGACUCGAAGCUUGAAAAAUAUAUGUGGCUAUAGUGUAUAUGUAUAGUAUAUAUGUCAUGUACCAAAAGUAAUAUACGUAAAUUUAGAUCUAUCUAUCUGUGUGUGUGUGCGCGCGCGCGUGUGCACACGCACACACACACACACACACACACACACACACACACACACACACACACACACACACACACACACACAC